AUGGACGAGGAAGAUUAUGGAGAUAUUGCAGAUGAAGACCUAAUCGAAGUCUUCAGCCAACAUUCCCAAAGCCUCCCGUCGGAGCCACGUUCGAAUAAACGACGGAGAAUCAGUUACGAUACGGACGAUGGAGACUCAACCACCCAUCGACGUCAAUCCCGAGAUUCCAUCGUGGAUAGUGGAUCAGGCGAUGAUGAUGAAGUCAAUACGAAAUCGCGGAAGAAGAAAUACAGGAUACACAUAGGUGCUGAAGAAGUGUCUGCACGCCAAAUUUUGGGUGCCACCCAAGCUGAAGCGCUGCCCGAUUCGAGCCCAUACAGAAUUAGAGGACCGAUUUACAAGAAACCGAGAACAGAGGCGCCGAAGCCUCCAGUGUUCUUUAGAACUCCUCAGAGAUUCAUUUCACGGUCCAACUCCUUUCAGGAUCAAAUUAAUGAUACCUCGCGAGACGAGGAACUUGCGAGAGAGUUGGCAGAUUUGCCGUCCGAUGCAUUCUCGUCUCCAGAGAACGAUCAAAGAUCUAAAGAGCCGGUUACUAUCGGAUCAUCUCCUCCUAGAGAUAGUCAGCCUAGUUCGACUGCCCGACAGCGCAUUAUAUCGCGUCAAAAUAGCUUCCGGCAAACCACUCUCUUUGGUGGACAAGCUCCAGUCUCUGCAUCACAGCCCAAAAAAGUACAAAAUUAUAUCGUUGAUUUACCUCCCGAAGCGCCUACCCAUCAUACUCUCGACAGAGAAGCUCUCAAAACUUGGGAUUAUCCGGCAAAUCUUGGAGCGACCCGCGACUACCAGUUUAGUAUCGUCAAGAAUGGCCUUUUUAAUAAUCUUCUCGUGGCACUUCCUACCGGUCUUGGGAAGACAUUCAUUGCUGCUACAAUCAUGCUCAACUACUUCCGCUGGACCAAGGAUGCUCAAAUUGUUUUUGUCGCUCCGACUAAACCGCUGGUCGCUCAACAAGCGGAGGCAUGCUUCAAUAUCGUGGGAAUCCCAAAGUCCAAAACCACAAUGCUAACGGGCGGACAACCUCCCGUUUUGAGAGCCGAACAGUGGGCGAAAAAGCGAGUUUUUUUUAUGACCCCACAAACCCUCGAAAAUGAUCUCACGAGUGGCAUUGCGGAUCCCAAAAAGAUUGUGCUACUUGUUGUUGAUGAAGCACAUCGGGCUACUGGCAAUUACGCCUAUGUAAAGGUGGUAAAGUUCAUGCGUAGAUUUAACAAAAGCUUUCGCAUACUCGCCUUGACAGCUACUCCAGGAGCAAGUGUAGAGGCAGUCCAGGAGGUAGUGAACAAUUUGGAGAUAUCUAAGGUGGAAAUCCGAACUGAGGAAUCUAUCGACAUUCAACAAUACGUACACAGGCGAAAUAUCGAACAGAUCGUCCUCGAUCCCUCGGAUGAGAUGAUUAUGGUGAAAGACCUAUUUUCCAAGGCUCUCCAACCAUUGGUGAAUCAGCUCUGCGCCCAAAAUGCCUAUUACAAUAAGGAUCCAAUGUCACUCACGCCCUAUGGAUUGAUGCAAGCCAAAAUCACCUGGCUUAAGUCCGAUGUUGGGCGGAGGGCUAGUGCUGGUUUGAAAGGAAUGAUGAACGGGCUGUUUGCUAUUCUCGCGAGUGUGGCCCAUGGGAUAAAACUACUCAACUUUCAUGGUAUUGGUCCUUUUUUCUCCACUAUCAAGGAGUUCCGAACAGGCGUUGAAGAUGGAACCAAGGGUGGCAAGUAUCGAACCCAAAUCGUCCAGAGUCCGGACUUCAAGAAUAUGAUGAAUCGGAUCCAAUCGUGGAUCAAUACAGAGGACUUCAUCGGUCACCCCAAGCUCACCUUCCUCUGCGACACUAUUUUGAAUCACUUUCUAGAUGCUGGUGAUGGGCAAUUAGGAGAAGACACCCCACCAUCAAGCACCCGAGUUAUUGUCUUUGCAGAGUAUCGAGAUAGUGCCGAGGAUAUUUGUCGUGUACUGAAUAAGCAUGGCCCUAUGCUUCGAGCAUCGGUGUUUGUAGGCCAGGCCGAUUCGAAACGUUCCGAGGGGAUGAACCAAGCAAAGCAGCUCGAAACGAUUGAGAACUUCAAAAGUGGAAAAUUGAACGUCAUUGUGGCUACUUCAAUUGGCGAAGAAGGUCUAGACAUAGGGCAGGUUGACCUUAUCGUCUGUUAUGACGCAUCAUCCUCUCCCAUUCGAAUGCUCCAGCGGAUGGGUAGAACAGGAAGAAAACGAGCGGGAAACAUUGUCCUUCUCCUAAUGCGCGGCAAGGAAGAGGAUUCGUUCACUAAAGCCAAAGACAACUACGAGAAAAUGCAACAAAUGAUUAGCUCGGGGACACGCUUUAAUUUUCGACAUGAUCUCUCCGUCAGGAUCAUUCCGAGAGACAUCAACCCUAUAGUUGAUAAACGCAUAAUCGAAAUUCCUCUUGAAAACACUCAGGAUCCAUCAUUGCCAGAACCGAAGCGGCGUUCUACAAAAGGAAAGAAAAUGCCGCCCAAGAAGUUCCAUAUGCCAGACGGAGUCGAGACCGGGUUUCGCAAAGCUUCCAAAAUAUCAGGAGAGGGAUUGGCGUUGACUGAAUUUGGGAUAACUGUGAGGAAAAGUAAGGAGAGUGAGAUCGAAUGUGCUCCGAUUCCGCCUCUAGAAUCUGUGCUACUCAGCCCAGAAGAUAUGAGAGAACUCCACCGGCGGUAUCUACGCGUGGCUUAUUCGACAGAUUCUGACAUAUUAGAAGUCACUAUUCCGGAUAUGACUAUGCAACCAGUGGCCCAGAGAUCUUUAAGCGUUACGGCCAAAGUGGCUCAUGGCCAAUACACGAAGCGAUGUGUAAGCCUAUUCAGGACAUUAGCAAACUCCCAAAAUGUCGAAGACCGCUUCAUAAAGCCUUAUGGAGACGAGGAGCCCUCCCAAAACCUCCUGGAUCUACCGACUCUAAAUAGGGAAACAAUGGAUCUCGUGGAAGUUGAUCUACUGGCCAAGAAACAGCCAAUGCCAAGAGCGAAGCAGCUUCAAUACAGUCGCAUGAUCAUGUCUGAUCUCGAGACCGAUGAGGAAGCAACUCCUACAAGGCACCACACAAGUUCCAGAGAUCUAGUAUCUGGUGAUGAUAGUGAGGGAGAAGGGGACAGCCUUAUUGAUAGCGAAGAACGCUCGGACGAUAGUGACGCAUUGGUUCCGCAAAGCAUGCAAGACUUCAUCGUCGAGGAGGAGGAAAUCUCAAGCAGCAGCAGAAGAACAAGUGGCUUGACGCGAUCUUCUAGUCCGCCGCCUCUUGAAAGCCCAAAGCAGACCCCAACUUUCUUGCCUUCGGAGUUUCCAGAUACAGAGUGCACGGAUGAUGAUGAUCUGCCCGAUAUACCAGAUCCCGUAGGCUUCCCAUCACGGCAUUCCGCAGUAACUUCGGUACCUGACUUGAGUUCUGAGGGACAUGUUUGGGCAAGAUCCAAUCCCAGGACGAAGGGGAGAAGGGUCGUCGUAUUGGACGAUAGUGAUGAGUAA